GCUACACAGUAUGGAGGAUGCGAUCCAAUUCUUGGCCGGCGCUGACAGUGAACCCAGGACGGCGAAGCGUCACUUGUCCAGCGCCGCCUUAGGUCACAAAAGAGAGUCAAACACGAAGGACGACAUGUCGCUUCAACGUAGCAAGUCGUCAUUCGAAAAUACAUCAGUUGACCAGAAAGCCAAAAAAUUGAAAAAAAAGAAUAUCAAUCCAGCUAUACUUAAACUGCGGCAAACAGUACAACAAUGUUGCAAAAUUGACGAUCUCAUGACUGCGAUGGAAGUGUACGAGCAAGCGGUAGCUGACGGUAUCAAAAUGGAAGCGCAAUCCUUUUACAACCUACUGAAUUUAUGCGACGGUCUAGGUGAUCGGAGUAUCCAUAUUGGAACACCCAAACAGUCUAUCGAACUUGCUUGCAAUGAAUCGAACGAAGAAAUCCUAGAUCGGCUUCGACCGGUGGAUAUUGAUGAUCGCCGAAAGUUUGCUUUUCGGAUAAAAGAGCACAUGGACGGGUUGGGCUUACCCCUGAUAGAAACAGCCUAUACCGCUCUGAUUAAACUGCUGUCGAAAAGCCGACAGCUGGGGAAAGCAGAAGUUUUGCUAGACGAGGCAGAGGGUGUUCAGCAAUGCCGUCCUAAACUACGCAUGUUUGCUCCGCUUUUGUCGGCCUACUGUGAAACAGGCUCCAUGAUACCGGCCCUUCGCGUAUGGCAGCGCCUUCACCGUCACGGAUUGGUUCUAUCUGAAAAGGAGUAUGUUGCACUUAUCAGGUGUGCUGUGAUCACAAAAGACGCUUGCGUAAUGGAUCGAGUGCUGUCGGAUUUGGCCGAGGACGUGUUGGUUCCGAGCCGUGAGACGUGCCUGGCCAUUCGAGCUUGGUUUGAGUCUCCCGCCGCUAUCGCCACGAAUAAAGAAGGAAACCACAUAGAUGACAGUGGUAUUCGAAUUGUACUGGAAAGCAUUGCAUACCCCCAGUCUGGUCAAACUCUAAGUAUGGGACCAGUUCUAACGCAGAAAAGCGGAUGGACAGUGUCGGAGUCAUGUAGCGUUGACACUGAUACAGGCGCUUUACAAUCCGGAUGUUUGAAUGGUCAUUCCCUCAAGCCGUUGACUGUAUCGAGUGACACUUGGCAAGAAAUGCGAAACAUGAACGAAACUAUUGUGACGAGUGGUAAACUCGAGGAGCAUAGGUCUCAAUUUCAAGGAGGUCGAAAGGGAAAGAGGCAAAAAAUGGACGAUCGCUUGCUUCAAGAAAGACAAAACCAUUGGACUCACUUUCAGAAGUAUCUCAUACGGCGUUGCACUCAGCGGAAAAUUGAUUUGGUCAUUGAUGGUGCGAACAUUGGCUACUACGAGCAAAAUUUUGCCGGGGCUCCAAAGCACGUGGACUACGACCAGAUUAACUGGAUUGUGCAACAUUUUUUAAAACAGGACAAGUCUGUUUUGCUCGUAAUGCACAACCGCCAUUUCACUUCACAAAUGAUGCCUCGAUCUUUUCGACCUCUGAUUCAAUCUUGGUUGGACAACGACGUGCUAUAUCGAACACCGCCUGGUAUGAACGAUGAUUGGUUUUGGAUGCAUGCUGCCCUGUACGCAGGACCGGGUACUUUGGUUGUGACUAAUGACGAGAUGCGGGAUCAUCAUUUUCAAAUGCUGGCACGUAGGUCGUUCUUGCGUUGGAAAGACCGACAUCAGGUUCGAUUUAGUCUUGGGGCAUGGGAAUCGUUUGUUCAAGGCAGGCACCAGCGUCGAGUCAACCUAAUAUAUCCUGAAGUGUAUAGUCGACGUAUCCAACGGGUGGCCGAUGGCCUCGUGAUACCGCACCCAAAACGCGGAGAUGAAAAUCGCUUUUUGGAUGGCAGUCAUGUUGCGGAGGAAGACGAGCCAGAGGAGGAGACUUACUUAAGCAUUCGCCCCAACGAUUAA